GGGUCCGUUUGUGUUGAACCGCUGAUAGCUAUUUUCUACACUCAUUAUGCAUUUUGAGGAUGAGUUUUCUUCACUGUCGAAUUUGGCCUCCUGGACGAUGGAGUGAAAAUGCAUGAAUUUAUCGAUGUAUUUUUGAAAAUAGACGUAGACCAUGUUGCCUAACGUCGAGGAUAUGCAGAAGAUGGUGAAUCAGCAGGCGGCAGCAGAUGCCAAAGCCUUAGCCGCGCUGAAACCGCCGACCCAAUGCGUGAUGUGGCCUACGCAAGAGGUGGUUCUGGCGACCGGUGCUUGUUGUGGAGACGGCCUGUCUGGCGAACCCAGCCACCUGGUUCUGGGAGCGACGCACGUGGAGGUCAGCAGCACAGACUGCUGCAAGUCGGAGGCCGUGACCGCGGUUCCAUAUCACCGCGUUGGAGCAAUGGAAGUGGGAGACAGCUGGGCGUUUAACAUUUUCGAGUGCGCUUUGAGUCGGUCGGUGGCACUGUCAGCAGGUAUUCGCGGACCCUCUGCGAAUGUUAUGGUUAUCCCUUCAUGGCUACAGCCCGUCGGAAACGGCCUCCAACAGGGCUUCCGCUUUGUGGGCGGCGUUGCGGCUGUAGCGGGCGCAGCAGAGGAACUGCGCCGCCGCGUAGAGGCCACACCAGGGCACCUGGUAGCACGACCGGCCCCAACACAAAGCCACAUGUCGGACGAGAGGCCUACCUCGAAGGAGAGGAAGAACAGCAUCAGCACAGAGCGUGUAUUACGCAUAGGUCUGGAUCAUGAAAAGGAUGUAGAGGGACUGGAACGGAAGCGCGCGAAGACCGCGGUCCAUAAUGUGCAUAAAACUUCUACUAGCAAGAGUCUGGAUCACGGUCUUGCACAUCGAAUUGGUCGAAAAGCCCCAUCAGCGGAGUACGACUCGGUUGAAAUCUCAAAUCCUGAAUGCUGUAUCCCCUUACUCGAGGGAAGCUGCAAUCCACUAAGCUGUGAGUUUUAUCGGACGCGCAAGCGCAUUUUGCUCCUGGAAGACGUGGUGUCUAUGCGCUAUUUGGCACGUUGCGGCGUGCAGCAUCUCAAAUUUUCUGGCGCUGAUGCGGAGUUCUAGUAUGAGCGGAGAAGGAAAUAAGCUGUCAAUCGCAUUGAUCUUUAGAGGAAGUCAAUAUCGCCAUGAAUGAUAGAAGUCAUUUGAUGUUUUUUUAGUACUCCAGAGCGAAUCCGAUACUGAUGUAUGCAAUCGAAGUGAAACUAGUACUUAUAAGUAAUUUCAGAGACGCCACUUUCAUCUAUUGGUUUAUGGCUAGGAGCUCUCUAUGUUGCAGGCAAGAAAAAAGCAUUGCUUUGAAUACUAAACCUAUCAGAUUUUUGUUGGUAUGCGUAUGCAUUCAUCCAUCCAGUUUUUGUGGUGCCUGUGGUGACCUGGAGAUCGCUUACGAAGUGGUCAAGACAGAACUCGGGCCGCGAAGUGUCUUUGCCUCAGAUUACGAGUCUGAGAAGGACGGGGAAGGAUUCGGUUUGGCAAUGAUUAACCUACCUGCGGGGGAGCGGGUGUAUCUCGUCAGUCCCUGUGCCUCACACUUUUUUACGAUAGAAUACUAAGGACUGCACGUCGAGCUUCUUUGGAGGUGUUCGAUGAGAAUACGACUUCAUCAAUUUUUCUUCCCGUCAGGAAGGGAGGCAUCGCAAUCGCUUGAUAAGCAGUACUAAUGAGCAACGUUUACCAUCUAAUACCUGUUGGUCACUCGUCGAUGAAGCAAGGUCCUUCUAAACUCUCUGCAGCUGCUCGUUCAAGAUUCAAAUUUGUCCUUCAGAGAGAACAUUUCUAUUUGUGAUUUGUCUAAUGUCCCUGUCCUCGUGGAGGACGCGACGCUCGAGUUGGAGCAGAGCUCAUGCGGACGCGUGGAGAAAAGUGUAUUAGCGAAUCAUCACGCGCGUGCCGUCCAAAAGCAUAUGAGCCACUGUUUGGGUUGUGGACCCUGCUGGGCGAGCUUGCACGUAAGAGUCCUUUCUAGAAGUGUCGCUGACUUUGUUUGAAUCGCUUGACGCAGCUCAUUUUUUUCUUCGGUCAAGUUAUAGCACGAGUCUCUCUCUUUCCUUUUUAGUUGAUAUGAGCUGAACGAGAUAUCGUUCCUCUCACUCAAGAGAUCAGAGAUGAUACUAGACUUGAGCGCCCGGGGGCACUCCUCCCACUAGGGUCACCCACUUCCGGCACGCGCCCUCCUCAACUCCGGCGCGAUUCGACAAGAGUUGGGCGGGGGACGGCGUGCGGCCAUUGAUUAAAACGGCGCACCGGAUCGAAUUCGUUGGCUGUAGGUUUACUCUUCUUUUGGUGGGUUUGGCCUUCUUUGCGUGCAAGAAGUUGUAGCGCUCGAGUUUGCAGCUUGUUCAGGUUUCUCUUCUUGUGAUACAAUCAAACUUCGGAUUGGAAUUUUUUCAAUUUCGUUUUUAUUGGAUACAAUCAAAAACUUUGGAUUCGAGGUUUCAAACUUGAAACUUUUAGACAUUGGGUCGCUGCUUUUAAUCUGAAGCGUUCCGAGCUUUUAACUUUGAGUUUUUAACAUUGAGUUUUCAAUUUUGAACUUUCCACAUUGGGUCUUCAGCUUUGAACUUUCAGGAGUGGGCUUUCAUCUUAAAGCUUUAAACUUUAAACUGAGCAAGCCCUCAGCUUCCAACCUAGGGCGUUCAACUUCGAGCAUUCAGCUUUCGGCUUUGAGGCUGGAGCUUUCGACUUUCAGUCUUGGGGCUGAGCGUAAGGCCUUAGCCGAUGAAAUCAAAAAACUAGGCUUUUUGUGCAAAGUUUUGAAUUUUGACGCCGACGAAUUAAGUCAAGCCGCAGCGUGCUUGAUUUUAGUAAAUACGCGACGCCGUGUCAGGGUUCGCGUGUUCGUGUGUUGUGUUUGUUGGUUGAUUAGAAAAGGAGCGGAAAAAUUUGCGAUGGAGGUCGCACGUUUUUGGUUCAAGUACUUCCGGUUCGGGUGUUUUUGGGUUGGUGUGUGUGGGGCUCGGAUGUUGGAGGGGUCGUUGUUGAUUUUUUAUAUAGCUCCCUAAUAUGAGUGCAUACUAGUGCAUAUUAAAGACCUUAAGUAGAUAAAGUUCUUACUUUGGGCAUGUUUUUUUUAGAUUAUAACUUUUGCAGCUCAAAUCGUAACAAUUUUGAUUUUAUUUCGUAGAGAAGUCUGAAUUGCAUACGCAUUCAGAAGUUCCUAAGUUCAUGAGUUCAAUCAUGAGUUCGGGUGUGGGGGGUUCGGAAGUGGAAGCGUGAGAUUUUGGGGCUUGGAAGUGGAAGAGUAAGAGUUUGGCGGGGUCGUUGUUGUUUUUUGAUUUAGCUCGUUAAUAUUAACGCGCGCCUUCUUUGACAUAUGCACUGCAGAAUGACUGGCCUUGAGACUUUUACUGUGUAAUAACCGGAUGUUAGCGUACAUAGUUUUUUACGAUCAUACGGGGAUGGCUUUUUAUCAAAUCUAUUAGAUAAAGUGGUAGAAUGUAUAUCGCAAGUAUGUUAGCAAGAAAAUACUAUCAGGAUCUGCCAAGUAUCUUGGUGCUAAAAGUACAUAACGAUAACUUCAAUUUCAAUAAUACCAUUGCAUUUCUUUUCAGGUGGACGAGGCUAGCGGAGACUUCAGUCGGGCUAUUCAGGUCGGCGGUUGGCACACGCAGGAGAUAGCAUCCUUGUUUUCGGAAAUGAAGACGCGCACUGCUCCACCUCUGCAGAUCGACUGGGAGCGACUUGUGGCGGCUAAUCGGAGAACUGUCGGCUGGAUGCCGAUCGUAGCUGCGGCUGACGGAGUACUUCCGGCAGGGUCAGUUAAGAUCCCCAGGGGAGAAUUUGCUUUGAUGUCGUUUUUCUGUAAAAAAACUUUUCUUUAUUCUCAGAUGCAGGAAAAAGUCCUCGAAGGAACAGUGGAUCUUACAAUACACCCUAUUUAGUUGCUUUUUGUUGGAACGCAACAGGGCAGAAACAGAAUGAACAAGCGCUCAACAUCAACCGCUUCCGGAAGACGCGUAAUUUGUUCAGUAGAGCUCUGAGGAGUGUCUUUGUCUUUCACGAGCGUCACGCUCUUCUAAGUUUAGGACGAGUCCAGCUAUUUCCGUGCCGCGACCCGCAGGGGCUAGGGGCGACCCGUCUCCCCUAGGGUCGACAGAAGUCAAGGGAAAAAAACUUGGUUGGGCUUUCUUAUUUUCUGGCGAUGGUGCCGAUCCAGAGGAUUCAGAAGUAGCACCGAAUUCGGAAGUCAUGGUGAACAAGACCAAAAGCCAGCAGAGGUCACAUUUUGAGAAAGGUGGAUACCCUCUAAUGCCACCUCCUAUUGGGGGGGCGCGUGCGGCAGAGGAAAUUCGAAAUAUCGAAAGCUUCAUGAACGAAGCCUGAUAUUACUAUGAUGUAUAACUAUGCAUGAAUCCCAGUAUUGCUUACAACUAAAAGAACUAUGAAUGUGCAUGUUGUAUCCUGAAAGAUAGAGCUAGCUACUAGGGCAAUUAUAAUUAAGUGACUCUGGAAUGAUGUAACUUCACUGUUGCGGCAUCCAUGCAAAAUUUAUAUAGAUUUUACAAUGUCAUGGCGUGAAGUCAACAAGCUUUGGUUUCUCUCACUUAGGCAAAAAAAGUCAAGUUUAUUUUGCGUCAUAGAUCGUUUUUUUUUAAAUGUCAUUCUUUCAGUUUCAUGUAGAAUGUAUGAUAGAGAAAAGAGUGCCCAGUAGAAAGAGAACCUAUGUUUUGCAAAGAGUCGCUCGAUUUUUAGUUGGUUGAUUCACUAUUAGGACAGAAUUCAGUUUUUGCUUCAUCGAGGUUGAUUUCCAACGACCGACGGAACCAUGAUAUACAGACAUGUAGACGAAGCUACAGCGUCGAUGCAAGCUUCGUAGUUGCUUUUUCCAAGAAUGUCCGAUGAAGCUGACUAAGUGUAAGUUAGAACUGAUACAUAGCGAAAAACAAACAUUUCAAAUGUUGUUUAUACGAAAAAAGAGACGUCAAACGACCAAGUAGAUGCCUCAUUUGGGAAAGACUACCACGAAGUGUACCAUUAGCAACAUUACGGGGCAUUAUAAAUAGUGUUCACUGUAUAAGUCAUGAUGGUCACGCACACUUUGCUCUGUGUCACCUUGACUUUCAUGAAGAC